GAGAGGAGAGAGAGAAUUCCUCCGGCAACCAAACUGCACCGGUUCCGCCAUGAAGGAGUUUGAUCAAGCCUUCAUCCAAGCCCCGGAGCACCGCCCCAAUCUCUCCGCCGUUGAAUCCGACGGCAUCCCCAUCAUCGACCUCUCUCCGAUCUUCAACUCCCCCGACGGUACCUUCCCCGACGAUUUGGUCCGACAAAUCGCCUCUGCUUCCAUAGACUGGGGAUUCUUUCUUGUGGUCAACCACGGCGUCCCCGCCGAGAAGCGGCGGCGGAUGGAGGCCGCGUCUCGGGAGUUUUUCGAGCGGAGUUUGGAAGAGAAGAGAACAGUGAUGAAAGUGGAAGGGAUGGUCACUGGCUAUUCUGAUAUGGAGCUCACCAAGAACGUUAGAGAUUGGAAGGAGGUCUUUGAUUUCAUUGUGGCCGAUCCCACCGUCGUCCCCGUGUCGCCCGAGCCUGAUGAUCAUCGGUUGACUCAUUGGACCAAUCGAUGGCCGACAUACAUGCCGGAAUUCAGAGAGGCUGGUAAGGAAUAUGCCGAAGAAUUAGAGAAACUUGGCCACAAAUUAGUGGAACUUAUCGCGGUUAGCUUGGGAUUACCGGCGCAAAGGUUUCGAGAUUAUUUCAAAGAGAAAACAAGUAUGGUGAGACUGAAUCAUUAUCCUCCAUGCUCGUUGCCAGAAAUGGCUCUCGGUGUGGGUCGUCACAAUGACCCCGGCGUCUUAACGAUGCUUGCCCAAGACGAUGUCGGAGGGCUAGAAGUGAAAAGGAAAAGAGAUGGAGAGUGGAUUCGGGUCAAACCCGUACCCGAUUCUUACGUCGUCAAUGUUGGCAACGUUACUCAGGUUUGGAGCAAUGAGAGGUACGAGAGCGUGGAGCAUAGGGUUAUGGUAAACGACAAAAAGGAAAGAUAUUCCAUUGCGUUCUUCUUCAACCCAUCUCAUUCCACCAUUGUCGAACCUUUGGAAGAACUCAUCGAUCCCGAAAACCCUCCGAAAUACCAAUCGUACUUAUGGGGGAAGCUUCUUUUUAAUAAAUGUGCAAGGCUUUCAAGAGACUUAAAGCUGUAAUAUUCAAGUCUCUAAAGUUAAGAUCUCCAGCUAGCUCGUAUGUUAAAUGAGUCGUCGUUUAUGCUACUCUAUGAACAGUCGUUUCGUUUAGGGUUUGAUUGGCUGCUUGUGGGUAACGUGUAUGUUUGGUUGAAUAAUGUCGUUGGGAAGAUCAUAUGUAUGUUCGAAAAACUAUAGGUUUCGAGGUGUCGAGUCGUUUCGUUUAAGUAUUGUUGUUGUGUGUAUUUGUCUAUUAUAAAAUAAUAUUAUUUUGUGAUUGAGGUUGUAA